GGCUUUUUUUCCACUAUUUUUUCCAGUUUAUUUGGCACUCGGGAGAUGAGAAUCUUAAUCUUGGGACUAGAUGGGGCAGGAAAAACAACAAUUCUGUACAGGUUACAAGUUGGUGAAGUUGUUACAACCAUCCCCACAAUUGGUUUCAAUGUUGAGACAGUAACAUAUAAGAAUCUAAAGUUUCAAGUCUGGGACUUAGGAGGACAGACAAGUAUCAGGCCAUAUUGGCGGUGUUACUAUUCAAAUACGGAUGCGGUUAUAUAUGUAGUAGACAGCUGUGAUCGAGACAGAAUUGGCAUCUCAAAAUCAGAACUUGUCGCCAUGUUGGAGGAAGAAGAGCUGAAAAAAGCCAUCUUAGUGGUGUUUGCAAACAAACAGGACAUGGAGCAGGCCAUGACUCCCACAGAAAUGGCAAACUCACUUGGCCUACCAGCUUUGAAGGACAGAAAGUGGCAGAUUUUCAAAACCUCUGCAACUAAAGGCACUGGGCUUGAUGAGGCAAUGGAAUGGUUGGUGGAGGCUUUGAAGAGUAGGCAGUAAAACAAUUUGCCACAUGGUAUGGUGGUCAAACACAUCCAAGCAACCUUUUCUCUUCAGUCAAGCAAGUUAAUGCCACACACUGUAAAUAGGACUGAUGGGAAUUGACUCUUGUAAAGGGAGCUGACUUGACUUGAUCUGUAAACGUACACUGAAUCAACUGAAUGUCUAUGUAUUAUAUUAAAAUACUCCUUCCUUGCUCCUCUUUGUCAAGGUAUGUACUUAUGUUAAUUUGUAUGGAGACUUAAUUGAAAAUAGCCUGAGAUGGGUUAGAAUAAAUCUUAUGAAUUUUAGUGGCACCAGCUGUUUUAUUCAUGUAAACACUAAUAAAUAUCUUUGAAGUGUCA